AUGCUCACUCGUUUCCCAGUAAUUCUAUUUGCAACUUCAGCGCUUGCGGGAAGAGCUGGUCAGGAGCUGCUUACUAUGGAUGUGCCUUUGGACCACUUUUCACUUGUCGCCAAACAGCCAACUAUCCCCUUACACUACUGGCUUGAUACUGAGCAUUACGAUCCUGCUAAGGACCAAUGUGCUAUUUUCUACAUCAUGGGUGGAGAGAGUCCGCUCCCUGAGUCGGGAGUGAUCUAUCCCUUCAUCUCGGAAAGGUUGGCUCGCGAACACAAUGGUCUCGUCAUCGAGAGUGAACACAGAUUUUAUGGAAGCUCGAUACCACAAUCCUACGAGAAGUCCUUACCGUAUUUAUCCGUUGAGCAAAGUCUUAUGGAUCAUGCUACAGUUCUGCGACAUACUCUCGAAACGGUUGAGAAUGCGAAUCGAUGCCGUGUGAUCGCUGUAGGUGGCAGCUAUAGUGGUUUCUUGGCUCUUGCUUUCCGUCUGAGGUAUCCUAAAUUGGUAUAUGCUGCUUACGCUUCUAGUUCACCAGGUAGAUUGUACUCCCAGGAGGCCUCUCGCUUUGAUGGUAGAUAUUACAGUCGUGUAACUGAUGCUGCCGAUAGCAUUCGUUCUAAUUGUUCCAAUUCGGUUAUUAAAGCCUUUGACGACUUCGUCCACCGUUACGCUGGAAGGGUCACUUUUGAGCAGGCCAAGAACGAACUUAAAAUUUGCAAUCCCGAAGUCUUUGGUAGGGAGGAUGGCUUGUUCGAGGAGCUCGUGCAAAUGGUUCGAAUGGAGUUCUCCGGUGCUAACAUGGCAAGUUAUCCACCUAGCAGCAAUUCACCUACCUACAUGUUAUGUACAAUGGUGGAACAAUCAGGCAUUGCGGGUAUCUUCGAAGCAAUGACCCAAGGUAGAAG